CCCAUUUCAACAACUUCCAAAUCCAAAUCCAAAUCCAAGCACGGCGUUAAAAUCUCCUCCCUCUUUGCUUAAAAUCCCCACUUAGCGCUUCACGUCGUCUCCGUGCGGCAGUGGCCUUCAGCUCCCCAAAACCUCCGAAAACCCUCGCCAUCACAGCCGUCCACGGCGGCGCAACCAUUGCUCCAUCCGUCGAACGCACCGAAGCGCGAGCUCUGCAAUGGCGGCGACGGCAGCCUCGGACGCCAACGACGGACCAGUCCUCAGCUUAAUCAACAAGCGCCUCCGAGCCCUGCGCAAGAAGUACAAUCGCAUCCUCCAAAUGGAAGACUCCGUCGCCCAAGGCAAGCCCCUUAACAAGGAGCAGGAGGAGGUCCUCCGCUCCAAACCCUCUCUCUCAGCCGCCAUCGACGAGCUCGAGAAACUCCACCAGCCCCUCUCCGCCGCCGUCGAGGACGAGAUCUCCCUUGCCGUGCAGCGCCACCAAUCUUCGACUAUGAAUUUCCACGACGACAAGACAAAUUCGGCCGAGGUUGACGACAAAAUGAUCGAGGAUGUCCUGAACGUGCUCUACUUCGGGACCAUGUUCGACGUGAAGAGCCAGAACGAUUUCACUUCGAUAAUGCUGACCCGCACGCACGAGAGGGGGUGUUGCUUGACCUAUGACUAUGUUACUGACGACGAAUCGGCUGAUUUACUUGGCGAGAGGGACUUGGAUUUCAUCUCCAAGUUGGGGGGCUUCUUGAUUUCUCGGCGGGUAGAUUCGAGCCUCUCGCACAAGAACGCGUUGCAACGGUGUAUCGAGCACGCGAAACUGUGGCUCACCAACUCGGAGCAGCCAAUUGAUUCAGAUUCGAACAUUACUUAUGCUGCGUUGCGAGCGAAGCUCAAUAAGAUUAUGGCUUCGGACUAUUUCACUACGACGCCCGAGAUGAAAGCUACGGUUGAAAUGGCGGCAGCUGCUGGUGGCAAUUAUACCUCUUUUCAUGUUCCAGUUCAUAGUUCCGUGGUGCCAGUGAGUGAGCCGAUUGAGCGUUUGGAUGUUCAAUAUGAGCAGAAGGCUGAAGAUACAGCAGAUGUCCGAGGAAAUGAAGAAAUAUACAAUGAUCAAUCUAGUCCUGUUGAAGAACCCCACGAGGGUGAAUUUCCUAUGGAAAAUCCUAGGAAAGAUCAAGCUCAACCAGAAGGGGACAAACCACAGCAGGGUCCGAGGGAUGUGGAGUCAGAGGAGCAGCAGCAUUAUAUUCCUCGAAGGAACUAUCCAAACCAUAGAGGCGGACGUGGUAGGUUCGGGGGUGGCCGUAGGGGUUACCCCAAUGGGCGUGGAGGACGAGGAAGCAGCUGGGGAGGUGGCGGUUACCAGAAUGGUCCCAACCAAUACUAUGACCAAUCCAGGAACUAUAAUCCAAGGAGCUACUACUAUAACAACAGUAGGGGCCGAGGUGGCAGGGGUGGGGGUGGAGGGAACAACCAGCACCACUACCACAAUUCAGGGGCUGAAGCCAGCCAUUCCCCGGUGCGUUCAUGACCUUAUUUAUAAGUUUCCAUGCUUUAAUGUGUUUCUUAGUACUUAAAAGCUAAGCCUGUCUUCUGGGGAGUCAUGACAUUUGGAUAGCCUAUGAGAGAGCCCACCAUCGGACUCUUUACCCCCCCACUUUUUUUUUUGGGUAGUUUUUAAUCAAAUGAAGCAAAUUUUCGGGGUGCAAUGACAGUUGGAUUACUCUCUUUAAGCAGCAGCUCAA